AUGACAAGCCCGGAUAACCUCCAAGUCUUUCAUCAUUUCCCUGAGCUGCCCAUUGAAGUGCGGCUGAUGAUAUGGGAAUACAACUUGCCGGAACCACGUAUUUUGAAUAUCCAACCUAAAUUCCUGACACCUCCCGAACGCCUGCUAACUCUCGCCGCCACCGUGAACCCUUACGAGUCGCGAGAAGAGGCUAUGAAGCGAUAUGAACCAUUCUUUGAUGUUCGAGCGUAUAUGGAUCCUUCAAGAGAUAUAUUCUCUACUUUGGGCAGGAGUUUGCGUGCUGUUACGGGGUACCCGUACGAGGACCCCGAGGAUUGGCUCGAAGCUUUCGUCUGCCAAGCCCACCCGGAAGACCUAGCCUGCGCCCGUCAUAUCGCCAUCGGGAAACGAAGCGCUUAUGAUAUACAUUUGCUAUUACCAAAGGAUAGACCUCGAAGUGAGGAUCGGGCAAUUGGUGAAGUACAUCAAAGGGCACUUCAAAGUUCACAAACCUGGAGCGGCUGUUCUUUAUCUGCGCUAACACAGGAGAGGCUAAACACGCCUCCUUUAUGUUACCAGCACGAAUCCCUCCAUGUCUAG